AAUAUCCCAGAGGGAUUCCCAAAGAUUUCAGGGGGAUUCCAGAGAAUUCCAGGGGGAUUCCAGAAGAUUCCAGAGGAAUUCAGGGGGGUUACAGGCAGAUUUUGGAGAAUUCCAGGGAGAUUCCAGAUGGAGUCCAGAAGACACAUGGGGAAUUCCAAAAUAUUCCAGAGGGAUUCCAGAGGAUUCCAGACAGAUUCCAUAGAAUUCCAGGGGGAUUCCAGAGGAUUCCACAGCGAUUGAAGAGAAAUUCCAAAAUAUUCCAGAGAGAUUCCGGGGGGGAUUCCAGGGAGAAUUCCAGAGGAAUUUUAGAGAGAUUCCUGGGGGGAUUCCAGGGAAAUUCCAGAGAAUUCCAGAGGGAUCCCCGCUCCCAUUCCCGCCUCGUUCCAGUGGGAUCCCUCCGCGAGCAGCUGGCUCUGUCACCUCAGAGCCACCCCGAGGUGCCACCGCCGCCACCGCUGCCACCGCCCGCUGCCACCGCUGUCCCCGCCGAGUAGGUGACACCUCCCGCGGCUUUUCCAGCCUCUCCCUGGCCCGGGAAUAUUCCUGGAAAAUCGCUGGCCCCACCCGGAUUGUCCCCAAGGGGCUGGCGCUGUCCCCCGCAGGGGAGGGGACAGGAGGUGACAAACCAGAGGUGGCACCUGUGUCCCCUGCGCAGCCCCCUGGCCACCCUCAGGAAGAGGAAGGCGCCGAAAAACCGGGAGAGAACAGGUGACCCCGGGACCGAGGACAUCCGAGCCAGGGCCGUGCAGGAGAUGCUGGAGCGGAUCCGCAGCGGGAUCGUCCUGAGGCCGGCGCGGGAGCGGCCACACCUGCGCCAGGAUUCCACGGCCAGCAAGAGGCGGAGCGCGGCGCUGGAGCUGCAGGGGAUCCUGGGUGCCCCGCGCAGGCCGAGCCGCCGGCGCAGCGGGAGGAGCCGGGACCCGCAGCGGGCGGAGCUGGGAUCCAUCCUGGAGCGGCGGCGGCGGGCGCUGGACGCUUCCCUGGGAGAGAAUUCCACGGGGAACGAUUCCACGGGGAACGAUUCCAUCGGCAAUCCCACGGACGGAGCUGGGAAGAGGCUGGACACGGGAAACCGGGACACGGACAAGGACAAGGACAAGGACAAGGACAAGGACAAGGACAAGGACAAGGACAAGGACAAGGACAGUGUCCCCUUCCGGCCCCGGGGCCUUGGUGGCCUCCCCAGGACACGUCCCCUCCCCCGCCGGGACAGGGACAGCGCCUAGGAGCCGCUUCUGGGGUUUCCUCCCUUUCCCGGGAUUUUCCUCCUCCAUUUCCCGGGAUUUUCCUCC